ACAGAGAGAAGGGAGAGGGAGAGAGAGAAAGAGAAAGCGUCGGUGGACAAUUGAUUUCCAAUUCGAUACAUAUAGAGAGAGAAAGAAAACCAGAACAAAAUAUUUAGAGAGAGAAAGAGUUGAAAAUUCAGAAUUCGGAAGGGGGCGCGGCACAGGAAUCGCUUCAUUCAUCGGCCAUCAACAAGCACAACAGCGCUCUCUCCCGAACAUAUGCGUAUAGAUGAUUGUAUGUGUAUGUAGAGGAGAAAUUUAGAGAGAGAAACAAAUAUUUUUAUUUUUAUUUUCGAGAAAAGAGGCGGCGGCCAUGUCUGAAUUGAGCGGCGAUUCCGUCAGCCUCGACGUGGAGACGAUUUAUCUCGGCGGAAAGGAGCACAUUAUACGAACUGGGAGCGGCUCUAUAUCCGUUAUAGUUUAUGGAGACCCCGAAAAGCCGGCUCUCGUCACUUAUCCUGAUUUAGCUUUAAAUCAUAUGUCUUGUUUCCAAGGAUUGUUCUUUUGUCCGGACGCUGCAGCUUUGCUGCUUCACAAUUUCUGUGUUUACCAUAUUAGUCCUCCUGGACACGAGUUGGGAGCUGCUGCAGUUUGUGCAAGUGAUCCCGUGCCUUCUGUUGAUGAUUUAGCCGAUCAAAUUCUUGAGGUUCUCAAUUAUUUUAGGCUUGGGACAGUUAUGUGCAUGGGUGUAAUGGCUGGUGCUUACAUCCUCGCCUUGUUUGCUAUGAAAUAUAGAGACCGUGUAAUUGGUCUGAUACUUGUUUCUCCUUUGUGCAAAGCUCCAUCUUGGACAGAAUGGAUCUGUAAUAAGGUGAUGUCAAAUUUGCUGUAUUAUUAUGGCAUGUCUGGUCUCUUGAAAGAUUGCUUACUUUACCGGUACUUCAGCAAGAAUGUUCGUGGUGGGGCCGAUUUUCAAGAAUCAGACAUAGUUCAAGCAUGUAGAAGACUGCUGGAUGAGAGGCAGAGCACAAACGUGCAGCGAUUCCUUCAAGCAAUAGAUAGAAGACCAGACAUCACCGGUGGGUUGAAGAAGCUGAGGUGUCGAACCUUGGUAUUCGUUGGAGAUGAAUCUCCUUUCCAUUCGGAAGCUCUUCACAUGGCCACCAAUCUUGACAGAAGAUACAGUGCCCUUGUCGAGGUGCAAGCAUGCGGAUCAAUGGUGACGGAGGAACAGCCACAUGCAAUGUUGAUACCGAUGGAAUAUUUUCUGUUGGGAUAUGGUCUACAUAGACCGAGUAAGUUCAACGGCAGUCCAAGGAGUCCACUCAGCCCUACUUGUAUUGCACCAGAGCUACUCUCCCCUGAGAGUAUGGGAUUGAAACUAAAACCGAUCAAGACUCGCAUUUCGUCACAAAGAUAAGAUUUUUUUUUCUUGUUCGUUGUCUUGUUAACUCUGUAAAUUGGAAUUUGUGAUGAUAUUUUUUAUUUUAUUAUUUUUUUUCGGGUUUGAAAUGAUUUAGGGGAAUUUAGAUAUAGGAGAAGGAAGAAGGAUAAUUCUUUGUUGAACAUAGGGUGGGAGUAUAAGUAUUGUAAGUAUAUUUGGGAUCAUUCAUUCAUUUGUAGUGAGAGUCAGUCAGUCAUGAACUGUGGUUAGUUGAUUUGAAUUUAGUAAUAUGUAAAUCUUGAAAGUGACAUUUAUUGAUAAAAGACGAGAGAGAUAUAAAUAAGACAGAGCAGCUGAGCUGGUGACUCUUGUUGCUCUAUUUAUUAUCUGUCAUCUCUCUCUCUCUCUCUCUCUCUCUACA